AUGUCCGCUGGUAUUCCCGUUAAAUUGUUAAAUGAAGCACAGGGACACAUAAUAUCGUUAGAACUAACUACUGGAGACACAUAUCGUGGAAAAUUACUUGAAAAUGAAGAUAAUAUGAAUUUAUCUCUCUACGAUGUAACAAUAACUAAAGGUAGAACAGGAAAUACAUCGUACAUGAAUCAAGUAUUCGUGAGAGGUUCGAUGAUUAGGUUUGUUAUGGUACCGGAAAUUUUAAAAAAUGCACCAAUGUUUUUCAUGAAGCCAGGCGAUAAACCGAAGCCACCUGUUAGAGGACCACCACCUAAAAGAGUUAAGCAUUAG